AUGGGCUUCGAUCACAUGCCUUACGGCAACGGGCCUUCAUUCACCAACCCCUGGGGUGCUCCAAGUAACCAGCUCUUCGGCGCUGGGAUGAGCGCUCACAAUACAGGGUACGACACACUCGCCAAGCAACAAAGUGCGCGGUCAACUGGUGCUCUUCCAUACACCUCGAUACCCGCUGUGGCUCCUCCGAUGAGUGCCACGUAUCAAGGAAGCCCAUAUCCCCAAGCAGAUUUGAUUGGAAUGUCGCAAGAUCUUGUCAAUCACAGCCGACCAUCGUACGAUCAUACGUCCACUCCUUCCGUGGGCUCAUUCGCCCCAACGUCGGCGCCUUAUGGGAAUUCGUACUCUACUCUCGCGCAUACAUCUCAACAUGAAGAGCCCAGAAGGCUUUCACAUGGAAAUUCGUCGUCCUUGCAGGCGCGGCCUCAACCUACAUUCAAUGACGCGCUCGACGCAAGCAGGGGCAUGGUUGCCUUGAGUCAAGAUAUGACACCAAGAGGCAACUUGUACGGCUCCGGAAGCGACCGAGGAGCAGCUGACGGUUAUGGCUUUCCAGCACCUCACUCCUCGCAUUCGUCAAUUUCUUCCGCUAGCUACACCCCGUCGUCAUAUUACAGCGGCUCUGUCGACGGCUCUGUUUCGGAUUAUGGUUCGCAAUCAGAUCUUGAGUCUGUCUCUUCUCGAACGUUGCCCCGACCAACGGGAUUGAUCGGUGGCAACGGACUCCCGCCACCUCAGUCGAUGAUGGGACAAUUCAACUCAAAAGUGUCGUCAAGCACACAAAAGAAGCACAAAUGCAAGAUUUGCGAUAAGCGCUUCACUCGACCUAGCUCGCUACAGACGCACAUGUACAGUCAUACAGGAGAGAAACCGUAUGCUUGCGAACAUGAAGGCUGUGGCCGUCACUUCUCGGUCGUCUCGAACCUACGCCGCCACCGUAAGGUGCACAAAGGUGACCGUAGCAGCGCAUCCGAUUCAGACCAUCCUUCACCCGAAGGCUCAUGGACAUCGGAAAAGUGA